AUGUCUCGUCUCCUCGUCCAGAACCUACCCGUAUACGUGACUCCCGUCAAACUUAGAGAACACUUCUCUCAAUCCGCUGGCCCUGGUGGUACUAUUACGGAUGUUCAAGUUGCACACAAAUCAGACGGCACUUCUCGGCGCUUUGGGUUUGUCGGCUACAAGACUGACGCUGAGGCCACUGCUGCCAAGGAAUGGUUCAAUCGCACGUACAUCGAUACGACGAAGAUCAAGGUCCAGACCGUCGAUGGGACGAAGGACGCUCCUGAACCAAGGCCUAAUAAACGCCCUCGCUUAGGGCCGUCGCCGAAUGACCCCCUCGAAAAGCCUUCGAAGAAAAGCAAGCAAAACACCGAUAAACCGGUCAAGGAGGACAAGCAAUUUGAUGAGUUCGCGCAGGUCAUGAAGCCGCGUCAGAAGAAGACUUGGGCGAACGAAGCUGCUCCGUCAGCACCAGCAGAUGUACCUCCUCCAUCAUCGAUAGUUGUCGACAACAAAAUGAUGGAUGUAGACGAUCCUGCUGUUUCGAAGAUGGAGAAUGAAGAAAUGUCCGAUUUGGAGUGGAUGCGGCGCCGAAUGAAGGAUAGCGCAGCUGUUGGAGAGAAAGCUUUUGAACAAUCGGACGAUGAAGCUCCCCCAAUAGACGAGCCUGAACCAGAAAAAGCUCCUGUCGACAGCGUCAAAGAGACGAUUCUGCAAACUUCCAGGCUGUUCGUGCGGAAUUUGGCUUUCUCAUGCACAGAGCAAGACCUUCGAGAGUUAUUCAGUCCAUUUGGCGACAUUUCCCAGGUCCACAUUCCCCUGGACCCCGUUUCAAAACAGUCAAAAGGCGUGGCAUACGUGACGUUCAGACAAUCGAUUGACGCUGUAUCGGCAUACGAGGCGCUCGAUGGCAAGUCCUUUCAAGGCCGACUAGUCCAUGUGCUAGCAGCGGUGGAUCGCAAGCCGCAGUUCGAGGUCGUUGAAGGGGAUGGACGGAAAAAGACGGUUAAAGGGGAACGUGCUGCUCAACGGAAGGCUGCGGCAGGGAAGGAGUUCAAUUGGAGCAUGCUCUACAUGAACAGUGAUGCGGUCGCUUCAUCUAUCGCGGAUCGAAUGCAAAUAUCCAAGGCCGACAUCCUCAAUCCCGAAGGCUCCGAUAACGCUGCUGUUAAGCUCGCCCUCGCAGAAACACACAUCAUCAACGAAACCAAGGCCUACUUCGAAGCUGAAGGCGUCCUCCUCGACUCGUUUGGUAGUCGUACUCGCUCCGACACGAUUAUCCUCGUCAAAAACAUACCAUACGGUACAACCUCAACGCAAAUCGAAGAGCUAUUCAAAACACACGGAGAGUUAACAAGGAUACUAGUCCCACCAGCGGGGACAAUCGCGGUAGUCGAGUUCGCAAGGGCAGACCAAGCCAAGAAAGCUUAUCAUGCAGUUGCUUACUCUCGCAUGGGCAACUCUGUUGUUUAUGUCGAGAAAGGGCCAAUGGGAAUGUUUGGUGAUGGACCUGUGGUAGCGCGAACAGAGGGAGCCCCACCAUCUGAAGCUCGUGUCGUCAAGAUCGCAGAACAAACGACAUAUGGCGAUACGGAAGAAAUAGAGCCGUCCCUGGCUUCUGGCACCACACUCUUCGUGAAAAACCUUUCGUUUGCAACGACCAACGAGCGUUUGGUGUCUGUUUUCGGCAAUCUACCUUCGUUCUCGUUCGCUCGCAUCCAGACUAAACCUGAUCCGAAGCGACCUGGUGGACGCCUUAGCAUGGGUUAUGGUUUUAUUGGCUUCAAAGAGCAAGAAGGGGCUCAACGGGCCUUGAAGAGUAUGCAAGGCUUUGUGCUCGAUGGACACGCGCUCCACGUCAAGUUCGCUGGGAGAGGUACGGAGGGGCAAGAGAGCAAGGAGAGCAGCAAGAGCAGAACGACAAAGAUGAUCAUCAAAAAUGUUCCCUUCGAAGCCACGAAGAAGGACAUUCGGGAGCUGGUCAGCUCGUAUGGGACGCUCAAAUCAGUCCGCUUGCCCAAGAAGUUUGACUCACGGUCCCGUGGGUUUGCAUUCCUCGACUUCAUCUCGCGAGCAGAGGCGGAAAACGCGUAUUCUGCGUUGCGCCACACCCAUCUGCUUGGCCGACACCUUGUUCUGCAAUGGGCUGAAGAAGGGGAGCAAGAUCUGGAGGUUUUACGGAAGAAGGCUGGUGUUGGGUUGGGUACCGGCGGCGAAAUGCCUGGUCGGAAAAGGAAGCUGGAUAUGGGGAAAACGGGAGAGGAAGACCCUGAAACGUUUGAGUAG